GGCACCUGCACGGGCGGGGAAGAGGACCGGCGAGUGCGCGUUAGGCCGGGACGCCCGGGACGCGGCAUCCCGGCGGGUCCUGGUGCCCCCCCUUCAAACUCGUCACGGCCCUCCUCCCGGACGGCUGCAGCCCAGCGGUUCCUUGGGCAUCCCGCGCCCUCCUUCCAAGUCCCGUCUGCGUCCCAGGCGCGGCUGGCUCUCCACAUCCAAUCUAUCUACAACUGCCCUUCUCUUCUGCUACUGGAUCCGGGGGUUAGAUUUCCCAGCGGGGCCGCUGCCCCUGCUCGUACCAACUCGACGACAGCACGAUACCUGGCCAACACGACGAAACCAGUACUGGCAUCCCCACCUCCCCAUUCCCUGGGAACGACGAGGCAGCGACCACCGUGCAUCCUCAGCCCCAGUUAGAGACCUCCCGACCUUCCCGGCAGCUCCCUUUUGCGAGAUUCUGGCCCCAAAUCCCUUCACCUCCCAGAGGAGUCUCGAGAUCCUCGUGCCCCUGCCACGGUCACUCCGAGACAAUUGUACGCCGCCUCUGACGCUGCGGAGGCGCACGGGCAUCCGAAGGCCUAGACCACGAAACGGUGCGGAGUUGGGGCUCAGUUCUCAGGGACCGGGGUUGCGUUUGGCCUCCCAGGCCUCAACAGCCCUAGAAAGGCGGACUGCGCAAUCGCAGUUGGGGGCGGGCGAGAAAAAGGCACUGUCAACUCGGGGCUUGCCCCACCCAAUCAGGAGGUGGAGAGGACCCAGGCACCUCGAGGUAUGAUGUUACCCAGUGUCUUCCCAAUGCCAGGGUUCCAGUUUCCAAGGGAAUUCUCAAGUGGGAACUACGAGAUUCAUGCAACUGAUUAUCCCCUCUCCUCCAAAUACGAUUCUAAGGAAAAUCUCCUUGAACUUUUCCCAUGGGAGAGAGCAAGACGGUUUCCAGGUAAAAGCAGAAACUUCGGCCUGACAUCUUUCUAUACGUUCCCAGGCUUACCCGCCUCCCUUCCAGCAGCCCUACCCCCAUCUCCACCCAGAACUCCCGCCCAGAUUCCCUUGCAGGCCACCCGGGGAAGCGUUUAAUUCGGUCUCCACCUCCCACCGCUGCGGAGACGAAUGCAUUUUCCAUCCCUCGGGAGUCUGUUCGCUAAGCAACUGUGAGGCUCGGGGCGUUUGUAGAGGCUGGGAACUCCAGGCAACCUGUAGCUCCGGGCAUCUCAUGCCGCACUGGCUGGUUUACAAACCCGCGGGGAAAGGUCUGGGUUCUGGCGCAGCGGCCCAGGCAACACUGCACCCACGCCGUGCAAAUGAGCGCACAGAGAGGAAUGGGGGGACGCGAGGCUUCCCGCCCCCUCGCCCCGGUGCCAGCUCCAGGAUGCGUGCGAAAUGGCUGGCGGCCCUGAGGAGCAGGGAGCCGCGGGGUUAAUGCGCCAUUCCAAAUCGAGGUGCCCGCCAGCAGGAAGCGACAGAGGCACCAGAUUUCCCUUCCGCAUUAAGAGGGUUUUUCCUUUUUUUUCCUGCUUGGCCGACGGAGAGCUUUUUAAAUUGGACGUGGAGAUCCUCAAUUAUAAGUGUGGAGAAGUUGGCAAAAGAGGAAACAGUGGAAAAGUCCCCCGCUUGGCCAGAGGAAGCUCCCGGCUCCCAUUCCCGCCCGCGGCCGGGUGCGGCGCAGGCCCGGAAAGCACGCUCCCACCUCCCCCGCGACAGGGAGGCGCAUUCUUCCCUCGGAGCAUCGCCGGGGCCGGCUCUACUCGGGGCGGCUCUUUAGUUCCCGGUAUCUGCUGGGCGAAGGAAGAGGCGGGGGGUUGGGGCCUCAGCACACACAGCGAUCUACUGGGACGCUUUUCUCAGAGCCCAUCUGGGCUCCCCAACUCCCCCCCCCCCCCCCGCCCCUUCCCUGUUUGUCCCCUAACCGCUUUCUCAAAGCACAGCUGCAAGACGUGUUUCCGCCUGCAACCAGCCGCCUUUGCUAUGCGCGCGAAUUGCUUAACGCGCUGCCUGCCACGUGCGGUAACCACGCUUUCCUCCCGAAGUCGGCUCCACCAGGUGCCCCCGCACCCAUUUUUGUACCCCACAGGACGCCUCCCCUCUGCGCCCCGGACCAUCGCCGCCCGCAGGGAAAGGGCGCGUCGCGGGCGCCCGCACCGGUGGUCCCCAGGCCCGCGGCGGAAAGGGCGCCCUGGAGAGCCGCAGUGCCGGCAAAAGCCGCGGCUUACGGUGGGGCGCUUCUGGGUUCCCAGCACCAGGGGGCACCAGAAACCGUCCGAGUCCUGUAGUGCCCACGCGAAAGAGGCUGCGUCGUCUUUUUAAGUAUAAAACCGGUGAACAAGCACCUCCCUACCUCAUUCCCCCUAAUACCAAAUUACUCCCGAAAAUUCCGGAUGUGUUCACCAGUGUGCCUGCUCUUCAGGCUCCGACCCUUCAUCCUCUCCCCAGUUUUCCCCUUCCCACCUCACCUGAGCUGGUGUCUCAGUAACCUUUUAGAAUUCCCCCUCCCCCAAUUCCCCGCAUCCUCGUGUUAGCUUCCCCGGGGGCGAGUGCCUCCGCCGCCCGUGCCCCCGCGCCUUCCUCUGUCUGGCAGGCUGGGAGGUUUGUUUGGGCAUUGCCUUCAAGAUCCAGGGCUCCGGGAGAGAAAAGGGAGGCGGGGUGGUGGGGGGCGUGCUGUAACUCCGAGUUUUCUUUUUGGGGUAGGGACACAAGUUGCUGAAAGAUGUAUUGCUUUUCUUAAGUGU